AUGUGUUUCUACGAACAAACAGUCUGGGCAUGUGGUUUUUGGAAGUGGGGGCCAUUCCGUUCUCAGUGCACUAAAGAAUAUCGAACUGGGGAGACCUGUGGACUGAAGCUGGUGUGGUCAACGGAUAUUGAAGAGGCUGAAUGCUUCAUCUGUAACAACGUCUCCAAGAAAAAGCAUCGUAUUACAAAAAUGACUCGAGACAUUGAGAGAUGGACCGCAGAAGGAAAUCGGAGUGCAACCAUCGAAAAGACCGAGCAGGAAUUAAGAGCGACCAGGAGAGCUUUGACACAACUGUAUCACGACCAUUCUAGGAUCCCGGCCGCAUCUAGGAAACUACGGCUAGCUAAGCAGAGGAUAAAUAAGAGGACUGGUUAA